AACACCAACACAGAGAAACACCAACACAGGGACCCUCUGACUCAUUGUUAGGAUUUCUUCUCUCAAUAUAGACUUAUCCUAAAAGAAUACAUUUACAAUAUGAUGUGCGUUGAUUACAUCUUGAGUGUAUCUUUAGAUUUGAUCUGUUUUGUUUCCUAUCAAGAGUAUGGCUACAUUUAUGUUUGCAAAUUUAGAUCAUGCAUUUAUGGACUUAUAUUACACUUAACCUGUGUUAUUUCUUUACAGAUAUGACAUCACUCUGAGACCAUGUAUAAUACAACAGGAGCUACCUUUCAGAGGCUGUAUGGGGUACCUGUGAAGGCUGUCCUGUACAUGACACCAUGUCUUCUCUUCCUCUAUGUAAAUGGUGUUAUGCUGUUCACCUUGAUGAGUAAGCCUGUCUUUCAGGAAACCACUCGCUAUAUUCUAUUUGGCCAUUUGCUUUUCUCUGAUUCUCUCCAGCUUACUAUGAGUAUGGUGAUGUAUAUGCUUGCUGUGACCAGACUGAAGAUGAUUAGCUAUGUUUGUAUGGUUAUGUCUUGUUCUGCGGGAAUCAUUGCAAUAAUCUCCCCUUUCAACCUGGCUGUGAUGUCACUGGAGAGGUAUGUGGCCAUCUGCUUCCCACUGAGACACGCUCAGAUUGCCACCUGCAGGAGGACACAUGUGGCCAUCGCUGUGACGUGGGUCUUGGGCUCCUUAAACUCUCUCAUUGAAGUCUUUGUGUUUGUUACAAUUGAGUCUACACCUUUUACUAUGCAGAUUUUCUGUAGCAGGUACAAUCUAUACACACAACAGAUUUAUAUAGAGUUAAACAUAGCUUUCACCACGUUGAAUUUUGUGACAGUAGGUGUCAUCAUUAUCUACACGUACAUCGCCAUCCUGGUCACAGCUAGGUCUGUUUCCUCUGACAAGACUUCAGCCAGUAAGGCCCACAAAACAGUGCUCCUACACCUGAUUCAGCUGAGCCUGUGUCUCUCCUCCACCCUCUUUAACACUAUUAACACCCUGAUUCACUGGCACAUGGACCCUGUGGUAGUGAUGCAUAUUCAGUAUGUUCUGUUUGUAGGCCUCAUAAUCUUCCCCAGGUGUCUGAGUCCCCUCAUAUACGGCCUGAGAGACCCAACAUUCAAACACAUCUUCAAAUAUUAUAUUGCCUUCGGCUUCGGAAACUCAGUAAAGCCAGUGGUGAUUGUAUCAUGAUGUACUGCAAAGAUACAGAGAUCUGUGUAUGUACUGUAUUUACUUUUCAGUCACUUGUACCUUGAGUGAUUAUUUUCUAAGAAAUAAC